AUGUCGCUCCUUGUUGUUUUGCCUUCUUAUCUAUCCCUUGGAUCAUCGUUGAGUUUCCCAAACUCAGAGAUACCUCAAGUUUCCAUUUCGAUUACUUCAUCUUUGGCACAAAAUUCUUUGUGUGCAUUCGCUUUGAAUCUUGCUGUGUUUUUACUUGUUGGAAAGACUUCAGCAUUGACGAUGAAUGUGGCCGGAGUUGUCAAAGAUUGGUUGUUGAUUGCGUUUUCUUGGUCUGUGAUCAAGGACACUGUGACCCCCAUUAAUCUACUUGGUUAUGGCAUUGCUUUCUUGGGUGUUGCUUAUUAUAAUCAUGCGAAAUUACAGGCACUUAAGGCUAAAGAAGUAGAAAAGAAGGCAACCCAGGUUGAUGAUGAAUCUGGUAAACUGUUAGAGGAGAAAAGUGCUGAAAAAUCUUCAGACAAUUGA